AAUCGUGGGUUAGACGGUGGUAAAGGUUUAGCCUUAAAGAUUUAGGAAAAUGCAAUUCAGUGUGUUCUUUAUGUUAAGAUAAGCGACACUGACCUGUAGAAUAACGCGAAUAUUAUUUAUGGUGCGUGUAUAAGGAGAGCUGAUGUUGUCGAUAUUAAUAUUAUCUCCUGGUGAAUAGAGAUGGCGAAAGUGAGGCUGCUUGAAUUGAUGUUGUGUGUUUUAUUAUAUAUGAUAGGACUUGCCCUAUUUUUUAGAGGGUUUUUUCCCGUAAAGUCUUUGUUUAGUGAAAAACUCGAACGCAGUUACUCAAUUGAUACUAAUAAUCUUGUAAAAUCUAUGGUUUUUCCAGAGUGCGAGAAAAGUGAAACUGGAAGCUCUCCUGAAUGUCCACCCUUUGAUUUUAUAGGAAAAAACAAAACGAAACCAUUAAUUAACAGGUUAGUGUUUAUUGUUAUCGAUGCCCUUCGUGCCGACUUUAUUCCUAGUAUUCAAAAUGGAAUUUUCAGUCAUAACAAACCUAUUAGCACUAUGCCUUAUGUAGAGAAAGCUUUGAAGAAUGGUGUGGCCUUUGGAUUUGUCAGUAGAGCUCAAGCCCCAACAGUUACUUUACCAAGAAUCAAAGCUAUGACGACAGGAAAUGUACCAGGAUUUGUUGAUGUCAUAAUCAAUCUUGAUGCAGAAUCACUGAAAGAAGAUAAUCUGGUCACUCAGGCUUAUCAUAAUGAUAAGACUUUAGUGUUUUAUGGUGAUGACACGUGGUUGAAGUUAUUUCCAGAACAUUUCCUUCGGUCUGAAGGAACAACAUCAUUUUUUGUUUCUGAUUAUACUGAAGUUGAUAAUAACGUAACUCGACAUUUAAAAGAAGAAAUGGAAAGAUUUGAUUGGGAUAUUUUAAUUCUUCAUUAUCUUGGUUUAGAUCACAUUGGCCACCUUGCAGGACCCGAAUCAACGUUGCUUCCAACAAAACUGCGGGAAAUGGAUGGUAUUAUAGAGUUUAUUUCCAAAUCCCUAGUUACAUUAGAUAGAGAAUCUUCUCUUACAUCACUGGUUGUUGUUUGUGGAGACCAUGGUAUGAGUCCACGAGGAAGUCAUGGAGGGGUUUCACCAGGAGAAGUGUCAACACCAUUAAUUAUUCUGAGUUCCAAAGGUUGGAGCGGGGAUCUUGCUCACAUUAAGAAUCAUAUAAUAUCAGAAAUUCCACAGAUUGAUUUAACACCGACAUUGGCUCUUCUUCUUGGUUUGCCUAUCCCCACUAACAGCAUAGGUUCCAUCAUUCCAGGUAUUGCAGAAGCACUAGGCAUGACGGAUGAGGAACAGUUAAGUAUGUUGUAUUCUAAUGCUGCCCACCUUAUGCAGGUAAUGAAAGAGAACUAUAAAGAUGGAUUGAAAGCUUCAUACGUAGAUCUUUUUAAGACAGCCUUGAAUGCUCACAAAGAAUGGAGUGCUAAUUGGGCUAAACAUUUCCCAGAUGAUAGUGAAUUCUCAAAUCUUGCAAAAAAAGCCAAGCGUAACUAUGCACAGUUUAUGUCAGCAGUAAGAAAUGAACUAAUGUCACAUGCAACGAACUAUGAUGUAUACGCAUUAUAUAUAGGGAUUUAUAUCACAAGUCAAAUUUCUUUUGUUAUGGUACUUGUCACGAUGUCCAGUAGUAACACUGUUUAUAAUUGUUUGUAUUAUUUACGACACACAAAAUAUGAAACAACUUUAAUAACAAGUUUCGCUGUAAUCAUGAUUGUCUUAUUUGUCCAUACGUAUGUUUGCAGUGGUGAAGGAAGUAAAAGUUCCUUGUGUCAGAAUAGUUUAUUAAGCUUUAUCACCUUUACUGUUCUGGUAGUUGUUAGUUUCUUGUCCUUGUUUUAUUUAAAUUGCUUUUGUAAUUGGGAUAAAAUAAAGAGGUUUGAAUGGCUUACUAAAACAAAAACUUUAAUAUGUCUUAGUUUUGUGCUGCAUUUUAUGAGCUUCACAUCAUCUAGCUUUAUUGAAGAGGAACAUCAGUUAUGUUAUUUUUUUGCAACCACAAUACAGUUGGUAACAUGUAUAUCUUACUUAAAAGCUAGUUUUAUAAGCAUUAAAAGGAUAAGAAACAUUCAUUGUUAUAAACAAGAAAAAGGUAGUAAUAGUUCAGUAAAUUGGAGUUCAAAAGUAGAUUAUUUAGGCCAAAGAUAUAUUUUAAAUUCUAGUUUUACUUCUUUUAAAGUAACUUUUUCACUUCUAUUCCAAUUAAUAGGAGAUUGUAAAGAGUUGUUAUUAUCUCUGUCAUCUCUUGUUCUUUGUAGAAUAUUGCGUAGUUGGAACAGUACAGGGGAUAAAUGGUCUCAUUUACCUGACAUAGGAGAUUGGUUAAGGUUGUCGGAAAAUGAAAACUUUCUCAUACUGAUCAUCAUUUUGUCGUUACUUCUCAUUUUAAGACUGCUUUUCAGUAGAAAGGACACAUUACCAAGUGUUGUAUUUACCUGUGGCAUGGUUUGUGUGGUGCUAUAUCAUGUAGAAAAUUUGAAGAUUCAACACCAACAGGUAUCUGCUUCUGAAAGAUCUCUAAUAAAAGCACAUUUAGUAUAUGCUCAAGUGAUACUGUUGAUUUUAUGUGCAAUAUUGAAGGUUUUUCAUACUUUUUGGAAUGAGGUUCCCAGUUAUGAGAAACUUAAAAAUGUUACUUGUGCUUGGAAUAGGUUAGCACUUGGGUGGGUGCUAUUAACAUUUCUUUUACUUCGGCCACACAACAUUCCAAUGUUCGCACUCCUCAUAUGCGAGGAACAAAUAAUAUGGAUAAUUUUCCAGGGCUUAACAAAAAAUACUACUAUUCUUACAACUGUGUAUUUCUGGAUGGGGAUGGCAAGUUUCUUUUUUCAGGGAAAUUCUAAUAGUCUUUCCACUAUUGAUGUGUCAUCUGGUUAUGUAGGGUUGAGAAGUUAUAAUCCAAUUUUAGUAGGUACUUUAAUGGUUUGCAAUACCUAUUCAACAUUGUUGUUUUGGUUUCUAAAACUUAAUUCGCGACUUUUCCAAGUUUUGGAUACAAGAGAAAAGUUUGAAAAAGAACGAGAAAACGUACCUAUAGCAGAAACAAUCAUGCAGUCUUAUGCUCUUCUGCUUUCUGUUAGGUUUGUAACUGUUUCAGUUUAUUUAGGUUUAUUGAUGGCCCAAAGACAUCAUCUGUUUGUAUGGACAGUCUUCAGUCCCAAGGUGUUGUAUGAGACUGCACAUACAAUGAUGUUUUGUUUUUUUGUAUUGACAUCUUCAACAUUUUGCUAUGCUAUAUGAAGAUAAAAGUUUGAAAAUUUUCAUUUGCUAUAAGGUUAUUGAUGUUAAUUAUUUUAACAAUGGUGUCUUUGGAAUAGAGAAACACCAAUAACAAAAUAUUUCUACAACUGUUCUAAAAGUAUACUGUGAUGAUAAAAUUUUUCAAUGAUGUGUGUGUGUGUGUCUUUGGUUACUUGUUAUGACAUAAUUAUUUUAAUAAACACUAGAAAUCACUUUUAGUCAUUAUAAUACAGAAUUCUAGAAAUGUAAACCAGUGAACUAAUAAAACCGUAAUACUUUAGUUAACACUGAAAGUGAAUAAGUAAAUCAAACUUAAAGUUACUAUGUUAUACACGUAUCCAUGCUACACAAACUGUAUGCACAUAAUUAUGGUUAUAGGAACAUAGAAAUAAUAUUUGAAAGUAUAGUUUUGAAAAUGAAGUUUUAAUAACUACCAUACAACUAUUAAGUAAUGCCAUAACAAUUAACCCUUUCGCUGUUUAAGGUCAUUUCUUGCAUUGUUGAUAUUCCAUAGAACUUUUCUUUUUAUACAAACAGUAUUCAUUUGUUAGAAAAUUAGUGUAAUCAGUAAUGAAAAUA